ACAGAAAUUUUAUUCUAUUCUAAAAAAAAAGCCUUUCCCCUCAUUCAUCUUCUCAAACCAUAACGCGUGAAAGCCUUUUUCCCUCCACCCUCCACCCUCCACCGUCAAUUGCUGCUUGCGUCGUCGCCUCCAGCUGCUCCUCCACUGGUAAGAUAGCUGAAGGAGAAGAAUUUAGUGAACAACAAUGUCCAAGUCUUGCAAGGGUUUGGCUAUGGAAUUAGUCAAGUGUCUCAGUGAUUCUGAUUGUGUUAAGGUUGAGAAUAGAUCUUACAGGGAAUGUGCUGGAGAGAAGAGUCCAUCAAUAUCAAGUGAGUGUGUUGGACUUAGGGAAACAUAUUUCAAUUGCAAAAGAGGCCAGAUUGACAUGAGAGCAAGGAUUCGUGGAAACAAAGGGUAUUAACGAUGCCAUACACUGGAAAACUGUGGUAUUGUACUGUCCUUUUUCAGUACUUUCAAUUUUUUACUCAAGAUGAAGUCAAGGUGAAAGAUGAAGAUAAAUCAGAGAAAUUGGAGGCUGUAAUAAUUGUUUGAUUUCAUGGCAUUGUAAGUUUCCAUGCACCUAACAAGUGGAAUUUUGAUAUGUUAGAGAGAACACUAAUAUAUAGACAAUACACCAAGGGUUAGAUUAGUAUAAUAAUAAUCAAGCCAUAGUUUCAAUUUAUUUCAUAAUUCAUCACUGGAAAUGUUAUGAACUACAAUAUGAUCUCUCUGGCCGAAAGUAUUAAAAAAUUGACGGUAA